AUAGUCUCUUUUACUAACCUAUUUUAUCAAAGUAACACUUCCUUAAAACCUAGUAUUUUCUUCUCUUCCAUUGUUCUCCCUGACGAGUUGAUUGAAGCGAUUCUGGUGAGACUACCGGUGAGUUCUCUUCUCCGAUUCAAAUGCGUCUCCAAAUUGUGGUUCUCUGUAAUUUCCGACCCCCAAUUUGCGAAAUCCCAAUUUGACCUAGCUGCUUCACCCAACAACCGUCUCCUCCUCAAUGUCACUGAUGACCUCAAAUUCCAGUCCUUAGACAUUGAUUCAUCACCACCCAACAAUGAAUCUGCAGUGCUCAACUACCCGAGUGAACCCUUUUUUCAUACUAGUAUAUUUUAUCGCAAAAGGUAUCUUGAGUUUCUGGGUUCUUGCAGAGGGUUUGUGCUUAUCCUUUUACCCAAUCUUUGUGCCGAUUUCCUUGUGUGUAAUCCAACAACGGGUGUGCAAAGACUAAUUCCACAAUCUGCUAGUUUUAGUUAUUCUCCGGCUUCACUGUACGGUAUUGGGUAUGAUGAAUCAACCGAUGACUACUUGUUAGUUUCCAUAAAUUCAUAUGGCUGUGAUCGGACAAUUAACUUGUUUUCUUUGAAAACCAAUUUACCCCGCUCGCUCACACUGGAUCAUGAAUAUCAUCAGUAUCACGAUUGUGGUAGUCGAAGCGGUUUACUCUUACAUGGGUCUCUUCAUUGGUUGGUUACAUCUAGUGCUAAGAAGCAUCAUGGACUUCUUGCUUUUGAUUUGGUAGGGAAGUGUUUAUCAGAGAUUGCUUUGCCACCUGAUUUAGCUCUGGAAUUGAAGAAAAAAUCAUAUUGUUUAAGAGAGAUGAGAGGUUGUCUUGGUCUGUGCGACUUCGGUUAUGGUGGCAUAACUGAAAUAUGGAUAAUGAAAGAGUAUAAAGUGCAAUCAUCUUGGACUAAGAUUGUUUUCUCUACUCAUGACAUCCAUACCAAACCCCGCUUUUUUCCAAUAUGUUUCACUAAAUGUGGUGACAUUUUUGGAUCAACUAUGAAUGGAAGAUUAUUGAAACUCAACGAUAAAGGAAAGCUGCUUGCAGUUUGGCCGAGGGAGAGCAAAUAUCAUCUAUUCUAUAGUGGUAUGUAUACAGCGAGUUUACUGUCACUCCCUAGUUAGUUUGAGGAAGCAAGUGAAGAUGACCAACAAAAACAGAUAUGAAGUAUCAAUGCUUGAAGCAUGCAAGGAAUACUCUGAAUAGUCAGGUCAAUGUGCUAGCUUUCCUUCAAAUGAUGAUACUUCCAGAAGAAAACAUGAUCUGAAGAAGUCUUGUAUAACCGGUAUCUGUUGUUUUAGUGGUGAUUUUAGUUCGGUUGGAGUGUAGUUAAAGUUUAGAAUUUAAUUAUGUUUCGAAGUAUGAAAGUUAGCAAAUCCUAAUUGGAAUUAAUAUUUUAUAUUUUGUAUCUUUAUGUCUUUCCUCUUAAUAGUAUUCUUCUAUUAGCAGUUUCCCCCCUUACUGUCUCUUAAUAUACUGUUUUUUUAUUUUAUGUUCUGGCACAUAUAUGUAC